CGCAUAUCCGCGAAUAUCGAACGUCCAACGUCAAACCAACUUUAUUCCAGUGCAUUACUUUUGCAUAUGCACAUUAAGUCAGUGGAGAGGAGUCGCUACUUGGGGAAGUUAACUUACCUGUCGUUGUCUCUGAGCAGGACCUUGAUUUUUGGUGGAUUUACUUCCAUUAGGACACAGGAGUACUCCGAGGACAGCAACUCUGAGCCAAAUGUUGAUCUGGAGAAUCAGUACUAUAAUUCUAAAGCCCUAAAGGAAGAUGAUCCCAAAGCUGCUUUGAGCAGCUUUCAGAAGGUGCUGGAGCUGGAGGGUGAAAAAGGAGAAUGGGGUUUCAAAGCAUUAAAACAGAUGAUUAAAAUAAAUUUUAAGCUGACAAACUUCCCGGAAAUGAUGAACCGAUACAAACAGCUCUUGACGUAUAUACGAAGUGCUGUCACAAGGAACUACUCUGAGAAAUCCAUCAACUCUAUUCUUGAUUACAUUUCAACCUCCAAACAGAUGGACUUGCUUCAAGAAUUUUACGAGACGACUCUAGAAGCAUUAAAGGAUGCCAAAAACGACAGGCUGUGGUUUAAAACUAAUACAAAGUUAGGCAAGUUGUACUUGGAGAGAGAAGAGUUUGGAAAACUUCAGAAAAUUCUCAGGCAGCUGCACCAGUCAUGUCAGACUGAUGAUGGUGAAGAUGAUCUGAAGAAAGGCACACAGUUGCUGGAGAUUUACGCUUUGGAAAUUCAGAUGUACACAGCUCAAAAAAACAACAAGAAGCUGAAAGCUCUGUAUGAGCAGUCUUUACACAUCAAGUCAGCAAUCCCACAUCCACUCAUCAUGGGAGUCAUCCGAGAAUGUGGUGGAAAAAUGCACUUAAGGGAGGGAGAGUUCGAGAAGGCGCACACAGACUUUUUUGAAGCGUUCAAAAAUUACGACGAAUCCGGAAGCCCCAGACGAACUACGUGUUUAAAGUACUUGGUCUUGGCCAACAUGCUGAUGAAGUCAGGAAUAAACCCAUUUGAUUCUCAAGAGGCAAAACCUUACAAGAACGAUCCAGAAAUUCUAGCAAUGACGAACUUGGUAAGUGCCUACCAGAACAAUGACAUCACAGAGUUUGAGAAAAUCUUGAAGACGAAUCACAGUAACAUAAUGGAUGACCCCUUCAUCAGAGAACAUAUUGAAGAGCUGUUACGGAACAUAAGAACGCAAGUGCUCAUCAAAUUAAUUAAGCCUUACACUAGGAUACACAUACCUUUCAUUUCAAAGGAACUAAACAUUGAUGUUGUGGAUGUGGAAAGCUUGCUUGUGCAGUGUAUAUUAGACAACACAAUCAAUGGCCGCAUUGACCAGGUCAACCAGCUGUUGGAGCUUGAUCACCAGAAGAGAGGUGGUGCUCGAUAUACAGCCCUAGACAAAUGGACCAAUCAGCUGAAUUCACUCAACCAGGCCAUUGUCAGUAAACUGGCUUGAGUGACUACUCGAGACCCUGAAAAACAGUCUAUUCACCAGACAUCCAGAUGGCUCAAAGGGCUGUCAGAGACACCAACUCCUUUCAGGUCUUAAAUCCUCUGAUCACUGAAUGACAUGAAGUGUGCGCUUAAUCUGGCUAGUUUGUGUUUUGCAGCAGCUGAUACUUAAAACCUAACAGCUUUUAAGCCCCAAACAACACCGAAAUGCCCAAAGAAAAUCUGCUGUUCUGAAUCCUUCAAGUCUGUUCUUUAGACUGUAUUGGAGUUAUCUUGGAAGGUGUUAUUUUAAUCACAUGUUUUGACAUUUGGUUAUAGCAAACAUUUGAAAGGUAUUCCUUUUUACCUUUUUACUUUUUUUAAUGGAGGUAUGGUCAUGCUCUGUAAUAAAAAGGAAGAAUGUUUUUCUGUUGAA